CCUGAGAGGAGACAAGAGACGCGCUGCCUCGCUUCUUCCUCGUCUACUGUUACAGAUAUCCACGGACGUGAAAGGUGCAGUGGCCAUGGAGUCUACCAGGAAGCGUACCCAGCACAGUACCAAUGGCAAACCGUCAGAACACACGGAGCAACCAGCACAGUGGGGUAGAGCAUGGGAGGUUGACUGGUUUUCCCUCAUCGCAGUAAUUGGCCUCCUUUGCUUUGCCCCUUUCAUCGUCUUCUACUUUGUGAUGGCCUGUGAUCAGUACCAGUGUUCGAUCACCCAGCCUCUGGUUGAGUUAUACGGAGGACAGACCACACUAUUCACCAUCUGGGACAGAUCACCCUCCUUCACGUGGUCAGCUGUUAAGAUAUAUGCCAUCUGGGUGGGCUUCCAGGUGUUCCUGUAUAUGUGUAUUCCUGAUGUUACCCAUAAGUUUAUUCCUGGCUACGUUGGUGGGGUGCAGGAUGGAGCACGAACUCCUGCUGGCCUGGUCAACAAGUAUGAGAUCAAUGGGCUGCAGUGUUGGCUGAUCACUCACGCGUUGUGGUUCGCCAAUGCCCAAUACUUCCACUGGUUUACUCCUACCAUCAUCUUCGACAACUGGAUCCCCCUGAUGUGGUGCACCAACAUACUGGGCUAUGCUGUGUCCACGUUUGCUUUCAUAAAGGCUUACUUUUUCCCCACCAACUCUGAGGACUGCAAGUUCACUGGCAACAUCUUCUACAACUACAUGAUGGGCAUUGAGUUCAACCCACGCAUUGGCAAGUGGUUUGACUUCAAGCUUUUCUUCAAUGGCCGACCCGGCAUUGUAGCUUGGACUCUUAUCAACCUGUCCUACAUGGCCAAGCAGCAAGAACUGUACGGCCACGUCACCAACUCCAUGAUUCUGGUCAAUGUUCUUCAGGCUAUCUAUGUAUUGGACUUCUUCUGGAAUGAGGCCUGGUACCUGAAGACCAUUGAUAUCUGCCAUGACCACUUUGGAUGGUACCUCGGCUGGGGAGACUGUGUCUGGCUGCCAUACCUCUACACACUGCAGGGUCUGUACCUGGUGUACCACCCAGUCCAGCUCUCAGAUGCCCAUGCCCUGGCUGUUCUGUUGCUUGGCCUUGUUGGAUAUUACAUCUUUCGCUCCACCAAUCACCAGAAGGAUCUGUUCCGCCGCACAGAGGGCUCCUGCUCUAUUUGGGGCCGCAAGCCAACGUACAUCGAGUGCUCGUACCGCUCUGCUGACGGUGGCAUCCAUCACAGUAAGCUCAUGACCUCAGGUUUUUGGGGCGUGGCCCGGCACUUCAACUACACAGGUGACCUGAUGGGUUCUCUAGCCUACUGUGCUGCCUGUGGCUUUGGCCACAUACUUCCGUACUUUUACAUUGUUUACAUGACCAUCCUGCUGGUCCACCGCUGUGUGCGUGAUGAGCACCGCUGCGGCAACAAGUAUGGCAAAGACUGGAAACGUUACACAGACGCUGUGCCUUACCGGCUGAUUCCUGGAGUGUUUUAGAGAGAGGAUUAAGAAACAAGAAAGGGAGGGACAAAGAUGAAGACAGAUACAAAAGAUAUGAAAUGGUCAUAAGCUAUCAAGAUAAUUAUGAGUUUCAUAUGUAUCAAGAGUACCCUGAACAUUCUACACUGUAUCUCAUACAUUCUGUUGUUCUGUAUUUUAUAUUUCUAUGGAGACUGCUGUGCAUGUCUGUCUGCAGGUACAGUAAGUUUACUGCUGUAAUUCUCUGCCACAGUAAAGGCAGUUUGAUUUAAAAAUAAAGUCUACUUUCUUUAUAUUGUGACAGUUUAACAUGAUGACACAUUUUUAAAAACCGCACAAUGUGCAUUGUCUUUGGAGGUAGCAGAACCAAGCACAACUCAGACCAGCUGAAGCCUUUAUCAGAAACAGAAACAAGAGUCAGCAGCACUUCUGUGUCUACAAUUGUUUUAGACAAUAUAGUGAUAUCGUCAUAGUUUGUAUGGCGAUUUAAAGUUUCUCAAUAUAUGAGUUUGAUGAUUAUGCUUUAUAUUAUUGUAAAUAUAACAUCUUUGGGGAUUUUUUUUCACUGUGGUAAAAAUAAGUGUGAAGAUGUCACUUAGCUCUCAGGUCAUUAUGAAGUUUAAGACUAAAAUAUUGACUGUAAUAUCUUGUUGCUGCCUAAUGGUUUAAUGGACCAAAUGUUAUUCUUUGCUCUGCUGCUACAACCUACAUCAUAGAAAAUUUCUAUAAUCUUUGUAUAAAGUUUGUCUGAAGGCUGUGCUUUGUGUAGACAGUUUAAAUGACUUGUUAGACUUUAAGAACCUCAGAAAUUAAGCAACUGAACAGCAAUGAACAGCAGUCUGUUGUUCACUGAAUCUGUAUCGCAUUAAGUUUGUCACAUUCAAGCUGCAUGUUGAUAGAAAUGUUUUUGCUUUGUUAGACCAUCACAUUGGUUUUGUGUGCAUUUCCUCAUACCAACACUGCCUUUCUAACAGCAAUAAAGUAACAUAAUAAACUUAAAA